UAGUGCGAAACGAGGGCACCACUAGCUUUAUCAGAGGAAAACUGUUCAUUGUUCAAGCAUGGCGGCAAGCGUAAAUCUAUGUGGGUAGUUGUGUGUGAUGUUGAGCCAAACAAAAUUUAUAAAAUAAUCAAAAUAAUUAUUAUAUAAGUUUUAUAUUGAAUAAGUAAUGGCCAGUGUAAAACAUAUCUGUGCUUCAUUAUUCAGUCGCUACCAAAUGUCAAGUAAACAACUGUGAUAGAAGUCAUGGCGUCAAAAGACAGUUUCAAUGAGAGCAAUAAUGAAGAAAACGGUGAAUUCAUUGAAAAUGACUCUUGUUACCAGCCUUUAUCGAAUUGCUCUACAUGUCAUAUAUGUUUUUUAACAUAUACCAAAUGUUCAUGUAAUAUGACCAAUGCACUCAGUGAGAGCCUUUUGAAUAAAAAUGUCAGAGAUUCCAAUUUUGAAUCUCGAAAAAAUGGCCAUAUCAACCCCAUUCAUGAAGAUGGUGCUCUGGAAGAUUUGCAAGAUACUUUUGUAACAAAUGAUUCAUUUUUAACAAAAAGGCACAAGAGUAUUCAAGAAUUUGAUUCAAAAGUUCUCAAUAGUGCAGCAAAGUGUGAAUCUGAAAGUUUUGAUGAUGGUAUUGAUCUAAAAGAGACAAAUUGUAUAAAAUCUGAUGUAACCAAUUUCCCUGAUGAUAAAUACUAUUCGUGCUUAAAUUCCAGUGAAUUAAUUAAAACAAGUGAUAGUGCAAUUGACGUAGUGUGUGUAAAAGAAACCAGUGAUCAUUGUUGGGUUGAAUCUGAAAAUAUUUCAAACAGUACUGAUAAUAAAGAAAAUCAUGGUGAUGACAGGCAUAAUAUCAAAAAUGGCUCUGACUUGUCAAUAAAUACACACAAACAAAAUAAUAAUUUACCUUCCACAACAGAAAAACUAGAUUGUCGACAAGUGGUUUUAGAUAUUGCUUUGAUAAGUUCUCAUUUUGAAAGUGGCUGUGCUUCUACCUGCAAUGUUAGUACUGAGAAGAGUCCUCUUGAUAGUACUAGUGAUUCUGAAAUUCAAGAACUAUUACCAGAUUGUUGCCUUCAGGAUUCAAACAUAAAUGAUAUAACUACAAAAUCUACCAUUGACAAAAUGUCUUUGAAAGAUAACUCCCCCAAUAGAAAAACAAAAAAAAAAGUGUGUUCUCAUUUAGUAGACCAAUUGGAUUAUGAUCUUUUGAGGGGCAAGAAAGGCAUUGAUUUAUUAACUGCUAUUGAAGAACAAUCCAAUGUGAAAUUGAAAAAUUUGGAGAGACAUACUUCAAGUUCAGCAGAGUCAGGUAAAACUUCUUCAAAAGGAGAUCAUUGUUCUCCCAGAAAAGCAAGAACUAGAUCUGUGGAUGUGGCUGUUAAGGAAAAUAAGGGUAUAAAGAGGGCUCAUUCUGCUGACACUAAUAUAAUAGAUGCAAAAGUAGCUAAACUUGAUUUCAAGCUAUAUGAAAGAGAUAAAAAAAUUCUAGCAUCAACAUCGUCUUCUAGUAAAAGUGACAAAUACAGAGACGAUAAAAAAAAGAAUAGAAAUAAUUCCAAGAGUAAAAAUUAUUCCAAAAAAUAUUCACACUCUAGUAGUUCCUCCAAAGAUAGACAUAUACAUCGCUCUGAAUAUAGACCAAGACUCUUGACAAAUGGAAAUUAUAGUCACCCUCCUGCAAAU